UGAACAGCUGAUGAGCAAUGCAAAGUAACACAAAAUGCAAACAAAUCCGCAUCAGGCUCGAAUUGCACAAAUCGAGGAAUUUAUUAAUGAUGUCCUUAAAGAAGAUCUCAGACAGCUGGAUCAAUGCCUACAACAAUUCAACGAGGAGAUUAUGGAAUAUGUACAACUUAAGAAUACACUGGAAACAUUUCAAUCGAAUAUGAAGGAUGGCUACAAGACUCAAGUAAAUAUUGGCAGCAAUAUGUUUAUGCAGGCCAAAGUGAAAUCCGAUCAAAUGGACAAAAUAAUGGUCAAUAUUGGCAAAGAUAUAUACCUGUCCAUGAGCAUGAAGGAGGCCCAACAAUUCAGCGAUGUUCGAGUGAAAAUCUUAACGAAACAGGCGGAUAUUGUGCGAGAGGAGAGCGUCAAGAAGAGGGCCCAAAUCAAAAUGGCUCUUUUGGCCAUUAGUGAGAGGGAAAAGCUGUUAAUGGACGAGCAGGAGGAAGCAAGGAGAGCAUAAGCCAAACUCUGAUUACUUAGUUUUUAUUAAACUACAAUUUACAAAUAUAUAUAUAUAUAUAUAUAAUAUAUAUAAUUUACAGUUACAAAUGCAAUUGGCCGAAUUUGGUUUUGUCAAAAA